UCCCUGUCUCUGUCUCUCCCUCUCUCCCUGUCUCUCCCUCUCUCCCUGUCUCUCUCUCUCCCUGUCUCCCUCUCUCCCUGUCUCUCUGUCUCUCCCUCUCUCGUGUCCUGCUGUAAAAGUGGCACCACUCCACCCUGCAUAUUUCCCCUCCCUCUCACAGUACAGGUGGUUACAUGGUGGUGUAACACGCCCUCCCCCACUUUAUCCCCCUUUUCUCUCCUCCCCUUCUCCUGGUGUAUAGCAGUCAGCCCAGACAAUCGUGGGCUCAGUCUAGUCAACUAGAGAGAGAGAGAGAGAGAAUACAGCACAAGACCUCUGGAGUACCACUGGCAACGGGACGGUUUUCUUUUACAUACAUACACACUCGCAUUCACACUUUCUUCCACACACACAGACUCGGAAGCGGCAGCAUGUUGGUGAACAGGGUCUGGCAUGUGGUGUGUGUGCUCUGCUGUGUGUGUGUGUCGGUGUGUGUGAACGCAGAGGAAUAUGAAGUGAACUACGCAGACAACUACGAAAACGAGAUUACACAGGACCAACAGGACGGGGACUCCCCUAUGACUACCUGCCAGGCUACAGACCUCUCUCGCUGGAACAAACUAUUCGUGGCUCUGGAGGACUCCCACCAGAGGGAUAUGAUGCUGAUGGAAGCCCUGGAGCAACGCUGUGGAACCCCGGGAGUCUGCCAGCAGUGCCUGCCUGCCAUCGAAGCAGUUUUCCGGGGGCAGGCAGAGCAGGCGAGCCCCAGGCUCCAUCGAGGCCUCGUGGAGCUGAAGGAGGAGGUAACAGAACGAGAGGGGAGGAUGAAUUCUUCAAUACAGCAGAUCAGGCAGGAGGGAGCAGAAAGUUAUGGGAGGAUGAUGGCUGUGUUACAUCUUCUCCUUCAGAACAGCAAAGAGCAGAACCAUAGACUACAUCGAUUGGAGGAGAGUAAGCUGAGAGGGGAGGUGACAGAAGGGGCUGAAUCUUUUGGAGCCGGGCAUAGAGAAGCAGAGCCAAUCAGGACAGGGAAUAAAGAGAAUGGAUUUAGGGGAGGGGCUUAGUGGGACAGGUAGACCAAUAGGGACGAGACCUGGCAGUGUAGGGGCGGGUCUCGGACUGGGUUUGGGCAUGAAGCUGUUCCCGUCAAGCACAAAGAAACAGGAAGUGACAUCAUCACCAUCAUCGGACCCGGGAAAGAUUGAGCGCCUCUGGUUGCUAUAGCGAUAGAAAAGCAGAAGGUGCAGACCCAGCUGGGCCUAAUAUCCUCUGUAGGGAACGAAGGAUGAAAAAAGACGAGGAGAAAUUAAAGGAAGGAUGUCUGAUGGAAAUUGUCCUCUAUCAGGGACUGAAUUAAAACUAAAAUAUAAACUUGUUGAAAUUUUGGAAUUUUAUACAAUAGUAAAGCAAAACAAUCGCCUUGAAAUAUGUUUAGUAUUCUUUUAAAUUCUGUAUAAUUAAAGGAAAUGCUCUGUGACUCUAAUUGUCUAAGUGAUGAAUAAAGAUUUGUUAAACUUUUUAA